AUGACCAAUCCACAGGAUAUUGCUGGCUCUUUCCAAAGAGCCAUGUCACUCUCAGAGUCAGGCUCUCCACAUGCUGUUUCCACUUCUCCUACGCAAUCGUACUUGAGUCAGGUUGGAGGCAUCUACUCCAAGCCAACAAAAGCUUUAAAGCCUUUCUCCACUGGUGACAUCAAGAUUUUGCUUUUGGAGAACGUCAACGCCACGGCCAUCAACAUUUUUAAGAACCAGGGUUACCAGGUUGAGUUCUACAAGACCUCUUUGCCUGAGGAUGAGUUGAUCGAGAAGAUCAAGGAUGUUCACGCAAUUGGUAUCAGAUCCAAGACCAAGUUGACCAGCAAGAUUCUUCAACACGCCAAGAAUUUGGUCACCAUUGGCUGCUUCUGCAUUGGUACCAACCAGGUGGACUUAGAGUACGCCGGUAAAGCUGGUAUCGCUGUGUUCAACUCUCCCUUCUCCAACUCCAGAUCUGUGGCUGAGUUGGUCAUUGCUGAAAUCAUCACUUUGGCCAGGCAAUUGGGCGACCGUUCUAUCGAGAUGCACACCGGUACUUGGAACAAGGUGUCCGCUAAAUGUUGGGAAAUCAGAGGCAAGACCUUGGGUAUUGUAGGCUACGGUCACAUUGGUUCCCAGUUGUCCGUCUUGGCUGAGUCCAUGGGUAUGAAUGUCAUUUACUACGAUGUCAACAUGAUUAUGGCUUUGGGUAACUCCAAGCAGGUUGACUCCUUGGAUGAGUUAUUGCAGAAGGCUGAUUUCGUUACCUUGCAUGUUCCUGCCACCCCAGAAACCAAGAACUUGUUGUCCACUCCUCAGUUUGCUGCUAUGAAAGAUGGCGCUUACGUCAUCAACGCCUCUAGAGGUACCGUUGUUGACAUUCCUGCUUUGAUCGAAGCCAUGAAGGCUGGUAAGAUCGCUGGUGCCGCUUUGGACGUCUACCCACACGAACCUGCCAAGAACGGUGAAGGCUUGUUUUCCAACCAGUUGAACUCUUUUGCCGAGGAGUUGUGUUCUUUGAGAAACGUCAUUUUGACUCCACACAUCGGUGGCUCUACCGAGGAGGCUCAGUCUGCCAUUGGUAUCGAGGUCGGUACCUCGUUGACCAAGUACAUCAAUGAGGGUAACUCUACUGGUGCUGUGAACUUCCCAGAGGUUUCUUUGAGAGACCUCGAUUUGGACCAGGAGAACACCGUCAGAGUGUUGUACAUUCACCAGAACGUUCCUGGUGUUUUGAAGACCGUCAACAAUAUCUUGUCGAAUCACAAUAUCGAAAAGCAGUUCACAGAUUCCAGAGGUGAUGUUGCUUACUUGAUGGCUGAUAUCUCGGACGUCGACCAGACUGAUAUCAAGUCUUUGUACGAGCAGCUAGAGCAAACCCCUUACAAGAUCGCUACUCGUUUGUUAUAUUGA